UUCAGGUAUCUAUGAGAACGAAUGUUAACAAUAAAAACACCUAAUUAGGGAUCUAUAGUAUUAAAGUCGCUAAAUCAUCAUGUGUUUUAGGUCAAAUACCGGCAAGUAUUGUUCCCUGCACAUGACAAAUUUCUCAUAAUUGAUUACGGCUUAUUAAUAUUAUGUUUUAUAGUUUUUAAUAACCGCUAGGUUAUUUGUGAACUUAAAUAACAUAUCCUUUUAUUUAAAAUACAAUAAAAUUAAUGCUAGCUGUCUUCAACAUGCGUUAUUUUUUUGCCCAUUUGUUUACAAUUUUACCGUAUCAUAAUGUUCAUUUUGUAUUCUCACUCUAGAAAUGUAGUCUAAAGUUUUUUCCAAUUAAGUAUUUACAUUUUUUAUUUCUCAUUCAAAAUGUUGGGAAGUAAAUCAUUCUACUCUAUCAAUUAACUCCUUGACUUAAAUUACGUUUUUGUAUAAGCUAGUAUGUUAUCUUCAAAUACUAUAAUUUUAAAACUAAGCAAUUAAUUACAUAACUCCUCUAUGUAUUAAAAGCCUAGAUCAAACCACAUAAGACCCCCUUUUAAUCUCUCGAGUCUUGAGUUGACACAUGCAACGAUACUCUCAAGAAGGAAUACUGUAUAUGUACUUGAAAUAAUGGUAGCAAAAAGGAAACUAUCAAAUAGAAGACCCCUUUAUAUAUAAAAAUAAGGGAAGAUUACUCAAAUAACACUAAUCUUUGUUUUUAUUACUAGAUUAACACUUAUUUUUUUUUAUUUACAAAACUGUUUUUUGUACCCAAAUUGCCCUCAUGUCCUUUGUUAACAAAAAACAUAUUUACUAAAAAUGCCAUUACCAUUUUAUGAAAAAAAAAAAAAAAAAACAAAAUUGAUAAAAAGUAUGCCGUUAAAAACCUGCGAUACAUGAUAACAGAUUUAUUAGUUUCUGGCAAAUUUAAUUCCUCCCGCAGGUUUACCUUGGCAUACUUAAUAUUGUUAUAGACUUUUAUAAAAACUCUGCCAUGCAUUACAAUAGACAUAUUUAAGUUAGCAGAUUUGUUUAAGCUGGCAGACUUUUAUAGCAGAUUUUUAGUCCUAUGAUAGCAGGUUCUUAAUAUGUGGAAGACUUUUUUUCGGAUCAAAGAUUUCUGUCAUGGACUUUUUUUAUUUUGGCAGAUUUUUCAAUAUCCGAGAUGGCAAACUUAUAUUAUCUUACUUUAUCUAUGGCAAAGUUUUCGUAUAAUAUUCUUUAUAGCAAACUUAUAAGUUAAUAGCAUACUUCUAUAUACGACAUGGCAGACUUUUAAGAGUUUUAUGUAGUGACAGACUUUUUUAAAAUAAACUAGAUUCCGGUUUAGUAAUUAAACCGAGUAAAAUUAAAAUUUCUGGUUAAGUUAUUACGAAAUUGAGCCAAAAAAUCAAUCAUUAAUUAACUCCUAGGUUUAGCCGUAACAUCUCCUCCAAGACAUGUUUUUUCUCAUUUACUAACAACUGGAUUUCACGUUAAUCCCAAAAAAAAAUUGAUGGAAGGUCUUAAAACAGUUUGUGGUCAGUGGGUAUUCGAGAAGGAAAGGUGGAUGUUUCACGUUGAUAACAAAAGAGGAACCAAAGUAAUUCCAGUGAAUGACAACACAAGCUUCGAAGAUUUGAUAAACAAGGUUCACGAGGAUUACAGAUUAGAUAAGGGACAAGUUAACGUUGAAUUGAGUUACAUGUUCAGCAAGAAGAGUUUGAAGAAUCUUAAUCUUGACACACCCCCAGUAAAAAUUGAGAAUAUCUGUCAGUUGCAAGGUUUCUUCCGUGGCCUAAAGUUUGAACGAGUUCGGCUAUGCGUGGAGGUCACUUAUAAAGGCAGCGAAGAGACGAUGAAACAGAGCACUCACGGAGAACAUGUAGAUCAAUCUGACGAAGACUCAGACACUGACGGAGAACGGUUUGACUAUUGCGAUGAUUCAGAUGGUGCGACUUCAGAUGAUGAGGACUUUAUAGCCUACGGAUUACCACUAGAAGUAGAUACAGAGAUGAAGAAGGAGUAUAAGCCACAGAUUGGGUCAGCGACAAAAUCGAAAAAGGCUGGAGUAGUCAUUCCGCAUGUUAGGCAACAACUGAAUUCUAUAAAUAUAGUUGUUGGCCAAAGUUUUGACUCCAAGUCUGCAUUAAAAACACGACUUAAGAUCUUGACGAUAGUGCAACAAUUCGAUUAUGAUGUUGAGUACUCAACACCAACUCUGUUAAUCGUAAAGUGUUGGAUUAGAGGCUGUAGUUGGAAGUUAAGAGCAUCACCAACAAGUAAUACUCCUCGCUUUACUGUACGCACCUUUGUUUCUGACCAUACUUGUUCAGUUACAGAAAGAUCAGCUCGCUGCAGACAAGCAACACCAGAGAUUCUCGGAUCUUUAUACACUGAUUUCAUUGGUGGAGUGGAGCCAACCAUUUUGCCAAGUCAUGUGAAAAAAUCCCUGAACAUGUGCUUUGGAAUAAAGAUUAAUUACUGGAAAGCUCACCGGACACUGAAAUGUGCAAGAGAAUUGGUUAGGGGAUCCGCAGAGAGUGGCUACCAUGAGUUACCUGUGUAUCUACACAAGAUUAGAGAAGCAAAUCCUGGGACAUUCACUCGCCUUGUAGUAGAUUCUAGUGACAGAUUUAAGUACCUUUUCAUUGCAUUUGGUGCUAGCAUCAAGGGCUUUCCAUUCAUGAGGAAGGUUGUUGUGGUCGAUGGCACAUUCUUGCAAGGAAAGUACAAAGGGACUCUACUGAUUGCAUCAUCACAAGAUGGCAACUUCCAGAUAUUUCCAAUUGCAUUUGCGAUAGUGGAUACUGAAAACGAUGAAUCAUGGAAGUGGUUUUUCAGGCAACUGAGCUGUGUGAUACCAGAUGAUGAAAGACUUGCUAUUAUUUCUGAUAGACACAAAUCAAUUGGCAAUGCAAUUUCCGAGGUCUAUCCAUCUGCCAGCCGCGGAGUUUGCACUUACCACUUGUAUAAAAAUGUCUUGUUAAAGUUUAGAGGUCGCGAGUUGUUUGGUUUGGUUAAAAAGGCAGCUAAUUCAUUCAGGCUUUCAGAUUUUGAGACCACAUUCGAUGAGAUAAAAGCAUUGCACCCAGCUUUGCAUGGCUAUUUGCAGAAAGCAGAUGUACGGAAGUGGGCACGAGCUCAUUUCCCUGGUGAUAGGUACAACUUGACUACAACCAACAUAGCUGAAUCUAUAAACAGAGUGCUUUCAGGUGCAAGGACUUUGCCGAUUGUAAGACUUUUAGAAGCAAUAAGGCAAAUGAUGACGCGCUGGUUUUCGGCAAGGAAGAAUGAUGCAUAUUUGAUGAAAACAACUCUAACUCGUGGAGUUGAGAAGCUUUUAGAGGUACACUUGAGUUUCUAUAACACAUGA